AGUGGCAUGCCUACCGACAAUUUUAAGUCUUUUCAGGGGCUUAAUAGUAAUAUAUGCGAGAGAGAAAUCAGAAUAACUCUGUCUCGCGUUAUUCAAACCCUAGUUUGAAUUCACCUUAUAUGUCCAUUCUUUCCUGCGCUGCUUGCACAAAGGGCGAUUUGGUAAUCUCAUACCUCGUGAUCGUUCUGCAUACAACUUUGGGUUUUACUUUAUUAAUAAAAUGCAAGAGUGUGUGAAAAUAUGAAAAUCUCUCUCUGAUUUUCCUCUUUCUCAGUUUUCUUCAUCUUCUUUAUUUUCUUCUCUGCUUUCUGCUUUCUCGCGUCUCUGACCAGCUCCCGAGUUGUUCGUUUCUGGUUAAUGGAUAUUGAACCCUCUAGUGAUCUUGGGGGGUGGGUUAUUUCAUUUUCUAAAUUGCAUGGCAACAUCAAAUGACCAAACCAAUACUAUAUCAUCACAUUCUCAUACUCUUCUUCUUUUAAUCAUAUUCUUAUCUUUGAUUCUCUUCAUCAACCUUGCAAUCCCCAUGACUCAUCAUCGGUCCACAUCUAUGGUUGCUCCCUUCAAGAGGGUUCUUCUCGAACCUUCUGUUCCAGCUUCAUCAACAAUGGAUCUGCAUCCAAAGGGUCGCACACGUUGCAGCCAUACUUCUAGAAGGAGAGAGUUUGCAAAUGAUGCUCAUGAAGUUCCUAGUGGUCCAAACCCUAUUUCCAACUAGGUGAGUUGGAGUAUCUGGUUUUACCCGUGAGUUUGAAGGAUAAGUGAUUAUAGAUCUAUAUAAUAACAUAUGGGUGAAGCUUCUCAUCGAUGGAGACUGGAGAAAAACUUAAUUGUCAUGAAUUUAGAAUAUAUCUUUGGAUCACUUUGGUACCGUUCAUUUCCUUCUUAAAUCUUUUGUCCAUAUAUUGCUCUGGUACCAUGUUUUAAGUUUUGAUUAGAGUUGUUAAGAAGAGAUACUAUUAUUCGUUAAUCGUUUACAUGUGUAUGUAGCCCACCUAUGUUUUUCCUUCACAAACUAGUAGGAGCAUAUAGAUCCUUGAUCAUUAAA